AAAUGAACCCAACCCACCACAGCUUCCAUCUACUUAUUAAAACUUCCAACCCCUGCAUCUUGCUGCUCACUCUGAAUUCAAAGCUUCAAGAAACUCCAAGCCUUCCAUUAGCUACAAGUUGCAGAAGUUGGUAGAAAAUCAUUAUGGCUGCCCAAGACAAGGACAAGGCAGCAGCCAAAAAGUUUCAGAAAAGCUACUUUGAUGUGCUGGGGUUGUGCUGUUCAUCAGAAGUUCCUCUGGUUGAGAAUAUCCUGAAGCCACUUGAAGGUGUGAAAGAGGUGUCAGUAAUUGUGCCUUCUAAAACUGUCAUUGUUGUCCAUGACAGCCUCCUCAUUUCCCAGAUUCAAAUUGUUAAGGCAUUAAACCAAGCAAGGCUAGAAGCAAAUGUGAGAUUGUAUGGGGCAGAGGACAAUUUCAAGAAAAAGUGGCCAAGUCCAUAUGCAAUCGCCAGUGGCGUGCUACUUUUGCUAUCAUUUUUGAAGUAUGCAUAUCGGCCAUUGGGGUGGUUGGCUCUUGGAGCGGUGGUCGUUGGCAUUUUCCCCAUUGCCAUGAAAGGCGUGGCGGCCAUUCGGCAUCUUAGGCUAGACAUCAACAUUCUUGUUAUCGUUGCUGUGAUUGGGACAAUUGCUUUGAAUGACUAUAUGGAAGCUGGAACUAUUGUCUUUCUGUUCACCAUUGCAGAGUGGCUUGAGUCAAGGGCAGGUCACAGGGCGAAAGCCGUGAUGUCGUCGUUGAUGAGCAUGGCUCCUCAAAAAGCAAUCUUAGCAGAAACUGGUGAGGUUGUGGAUGUCGACGAGGUCAAGUUGAACACAACUGUUGCUGUUAAGGCUGGUGAAGUUAUCCCAAUUGAUGGGAUAGUUGUUGAAGGCAAAGGUGAAGUGGAUGAGAAGACACUAACUGGAGAAUCCUAUCCAGUUGCCAAAGAAAAGGACUCAACUGUUUGGGCUGGCACCAUCAAUCUCAAUGGUUACCUUAGUGUGAAAACUACAGCCUUAGCUGAAGACUGCGCCGUUGCUAAAAUGGCAAAACUUGUGGAAGAGGCUCAAAACAGCAAAACCAGAACUCAGAGAUUCAUUGACAAAUGUGCAAAAUUUUAUACCCCAGCCGUCCUAGUCAUAUCUGUUUCUAUGGCCGUGAUUCCAGCGGCAUUGCAUGUCCAUAAUUGGAGCAAAUGGUUUCACUUAGCUUUGGUUGUGUUAGUGAGCGCAUGUCCAUGUGCUCUCAUCCUCUCUACACCUGUUGUGACUUUCUGUACCCUUACAAAAGCGGCAACGUCUGGUCUUCUAAUCAAAGGGGGUGACUACAUUGAGAUUCUGGCUAAAGUCAAGAUCAUGGCUUUUGACAAAACUGGUACAAUAACAAGUGGUGAAUUUGUGGUGAUGGAUUUUCAGUCUCUUCGUGAUGACAUUAGCUUGAACACAAUGCUUUACUGGGUUGCAAGCAUUGAGAGGAAGUCAAGUCAUCCAAUGGCAGAUGCACUGGUUGACUAUGGAAGAUCGCAUUCGGUUGAGCCAAAACCUGAAAAUGUGGAGGAGUUUCAAAAUUUUCCUGGGGAAGGCAUUCAUGGGAAAAUUGAUGGACAAGAUAUCUAUAUUGGAAACAGAAAAAUAGCUUUGAGAGCUAAUUGUGAAACAGUUCCAACCAUUGAAGGUGGUAAGGGUGGGAAGACCAUUGGAUACAUAUACUCUGGAGGAACCCCUGCCGGAAUCUUUACAAUAUCUGAUACUUGUCGAUCUGGGGCUGCAGAGGCUUGCAGGGAACUGAAGAAGUUAGGCAUUAAAACAGCUAUGCUCACAGGAGAUAGUCAUGCUGCAGCAUUGCAUACAAAUGAGCAGCUUAAGCAAGCUCUUGAGGUAGUCCAUGCAGAACUUCUACCUGAAGACAAGGCAAGAAUCAUUACAAAAUUUAAGACAGAAGGAAGUACAGUGAUGGUCGGAGAUGGUAUCAACGAUGCCCCAGCUUUAGCUACAGCUGAUAUCGGUAUCUCAAUGGGCAUUUCCGGAUCAGCCCUUGCUCAAGAAACUGGGAACAUAAUUCUACUGUCAAAUGACAUUAGAAAACUAGCAAAAGCAGUCAAGCUUGCCAGAAGAGCUAAUAGAAAAGUGAUUCAGAAUGUGGUUUUGUCAAUCACUACUAAGGUUGCAAUCCUUGCACUGGGAUUUGCAGGUCAUCCACUUGUUUGGGCUGCAGUUCUUGCUGAUGUUGGGACAUGCAUGCUUGUGAUCCUCAACAGCAUGCUACUUUUAAAAGGAACCCAAAAGCAUGGAGGCAAAUGUGGAAAAAAUUCUUCUGCGCUACAUGCUCAUAAACAUGGAAGCCAUGGACGUAGCCACUCUCACAAAAAUCAGCAUUGUUGCUCUGAGAGCAAAGCUGUAAAAGCCUGCAAGCCUCAAAAGUGUUCUUCUCAGAAGUGUGGAUCAGAAUGCCAACCUAGUCCUUUGAAUUCGAGCUUUCCCGGUAAUCAUAAGCACAAUGAUGACUUACAUGAGGCAAGGCAUUGUGAUGGAGCAAGCUGCAUGAAACUCAAUCGUGAUCUGGAGUCACAGAACAAACACAACCAUGGUUGUUCAAGCCCUCACAAUUUGAGCUCAUGUGCAGAAGAUGGUUGCACAGACUUGGUUGGAAGUCAUGGAAAUUGUGCAGAAGGUGAUAAAAUCCAUGAGGAAAAACACUGCAACCAUUCUACUCUCUUGGAGGAAAACCAAAAACCUAUAAGCAAUAGUCAUUGCCACUCAACCCACUGUGGCAAAGAGCAUAGUAGAAAUGAAGGUGAUGGGCUCCAUGAGGCGAAUCGCCGCAAUCGUUCUGCUUUUCCUUUGAAGGUAAGCAAGAAAUCUGCAAGCACUGCUCAUCGCCACUCAAGUCACUGUGGCAAAGAGCAUGGUACAAAGCAAGGUCAUGGACUCCAUGGGGCAAAACACUGCAAAAACUUGGCAAGUUUUGGUCAUUGCCACCCAACCCAUUGUGGCAAAUAUCAUAUUGGCAAUGAAGCAUCAGGAAAAUUGGCUGGAACAAGCUGUGAUCAUCAGCACCACCACCAUAAUCUAGAUGAAAAAACACCUCCUCACACAACCAUUGAUAUCGUACCGCGCAAUGACCACACAGAAUCAUCCCCUACGCACUCUUGCAUCAGCUCAGAGACAAGAGAAGAGGAAGCGAGUUGCUCGAAAUCGGUGGCAAUUCAUGCUUGUGUAUUAGAGAAGAGAGAAGUAGGAGGGUGCUGCAAAAGCUACAUGAAGGAAUGCUGUGGUGUUCAUGGGCAUAUUGGGCCUAGCCUUAAGGGUUGUUUAUCAGAAAUAACUACUGAAUAGAUGUAACUGACUGAAAAUAAGAUUAGUAAUGAUAUGCUUUCUAUUGAUGAAAUUAAGCAUUUAGGAAAUUUUUGGUUAAAUGGCAAAUGGCAUGAGAAGAAAGCAUAAGCAUUCAAUGAGUUGAAAA